AGCAAACGCGCUGAUCAGACGCUCUCUGGACGAAUAGAUUGUGGCAUUGUUCCGGAUCGAGGUCGCACACGAACCAUGCGCCAGAAACGCUGCGUUGCAUGCAUGCUGCUGCUGCUGCACCUGCCGGUCACCAGCGCUCUCCGACUGCAGCACAUCGACGUCGUGCUAGUUGGGCCGCAGUACGCUUCAAACGUUGGACAAGCAUUGCGUCUGUGCGCCUGCUUCGAGGUCGGGCGGCUGAAAUUAGUCAAACCAGAGUACGACCGCGACGCCGACGCGACCUAUGAAAGGCGCUUCGCGAUGCCCCAGGGCCGCGCGGUGCGGGACGAGCGGACCAUUGUAUGUGACACCUUGGACGAUGCGUUACGGGACGUCGAGUUCUCCGUGGCGUUUUCCGGGCGCGGACGCGCAAAUGAUCAAUUCGCGGCGGCCGCGCCGGCGCUCGCGGCGCGCGUUGACGGUAGGACGGCGCUCGUGUUCGGGCGGGAGGCGGACGGGUUGCGGGCGGAGGAGCUCGCGCGGUGCGGCGCGUCCGUCGAGAUUGAUAGCGCCGAGUCGCUGAACCUGUCGCACGCGGUCUCCAUCGCGCUGGCGGACAUUUAUGCGAGGGCGGACUCCGAGGCGCCGGCGGCGCCCGACGUCGCGCCCGACGCGACCAUCGACGCGCUCGUGUCUCGCCUGGGCGCGGCGCUCGGGGCCGACGAGGGUUUCCGCGCGACGAGCCGCGGCAAGGUGUCCGCCUGUGUGGAAAUCAACGUCGCGUCGAUGGCGUGG